GAUUGUCCACAUCCCAUGUGGAUGGCAAGACGUCAGUUUGGACGUCCUUCACGUGACAGCAUGAAUCCCGGGCCGCCCUAAAUCGGGACGUAGUAAGCAAGUGUAACCUAGUGGCGCCGAUCCCCCGCUUCACCAGCUAUCAGACCCCACUCUCGUAACUACCUUCGCUCCCUCCAGUACCAACAUUAAUACCCAUACGGGUAACGAGGGCGUGAGCACCGCAUUCCAUCUAUUCACCAUACUCUUUCUGAUGGCGCCCGCCGGUCGUAAACGCAAGUUUGCUACCAGUUCGGGUGUGGCCGGGCGUCUGGACUCUGAGACCGUAGACACCGUAGACGUGGAGACUCCGUUGGCGAAGUUACUUAAACAGCAAGAUGUUUCUACGUUCCGAACACCGAAUAACCCACAGGCAACCCUCGAGGGACUCCCAGCCGAACUUCGUCUCCAAAUCUACGACUACCUCAGCGAAUCGACUAUCCUUCACGUGCACCGCCAUGUCAACAGAAAGACCAAACGAUGUCGCUAUACAUGGACGCCAUGCCGGGAACCCAACCCCUCUUCGCCGCUUCUCUGCGCCAAUCCAAAGUGGUCCGGCAUGUGCGCUGAACAAGACCGGUGCACCUACAAAGUCCUAGCGCCGCCUGAGCCACGCGGGCUCUGGGCACUCGCGGCAUCGAACAAGUUCAUUCGCAACGAGGCUCAAGAAUUGUUCAUGGGACGAUCAGUCUUAUCCAUCCACCCAAAUGACCUGCGCCCCUUUCUCAGGUACAUGAAAAACAACGCACCAGGACAGCUUAGCCAUCUGCGACGUAUCACCAUUGCAGGCCCGGACUACUUAUUCUCCCAGUCCGACAUAGAACUCCUACCGGAGCUCAUCCCCAACCUCGAAGCCGUAGGUUAUCAAUGCCAACUUUCGUCUAGCCGAUGGUGGAGUGCCUGGGCACAGUAUGACAAACUUAACUUGUGGAGGGGUUUGCCCAUGGUCGAAUGGAUGCGUUCGUUGGACUCUUCCACUACCAUUGCGCUCGAAGCGAUGUCAAUGUGGGAAGAUAAACAGAUGACAGUCCGAAUGUUGAGGCAAGGGGAGCAAGAGAAGGGGAAGAAAUUCGGCGGAUGUUGGAAGGACGCUGAUGUCAAGGUAAAGAUCGAUGAGCCGGAUGAACUGGUUGCCCCUAAGCGGGAUGCUAGGUGGAGGAUCUUUUGGAGGAACAUGGAAACGUAGGGUUUUCCUUGACCACGGGAAAUGGCCUGGAUUGCUACCGCAAUUUGCUUUACCUUACACCACUAUGUCACGGAAGAAAUCCCAAAAAAUAAUGCGUAUCAGAGUCAGUAUCGUAUAAACAGUAGACUAUACCCCAAUAUGAAUAUAAGCA